GGGAUCUGUUCCUGUUUACGUUACGUACGCGAAACGUCUUGCAAAAGUAUUUUAAUAUACCCAUAACAAUAGUUGAGGAUAAUUUUUGGUGUCGCAGAAAUAUACCAAAUAAUUAGGCAAUUACGUCGAAGUAACGCCUAAUCUGAAGAAAAAAUAUGCCGUUCAAGGAUUGUCGUCAGAUUUUGAAAUCGAUUGGUCAAACUAUGUGGGAAAAAAUAGUUAGGCUGAUGUCUUACUUAGGAGAAAAGUUAUCUGAACUCUUGGUUGUUUGUGGAACCUGGCUAUCCGCUAAUAUAUCAGAUGAAAUUAUCACUGUUGAUGGAUAUAAUUUCAUAAAACAUGAUACUCGGACUUGCGACCCAGGAAUGAUUGGAAUGUACAUAAGACUGGAUCUAGAUGUUGACUUGGUGAACGGCAGUACCGAAGAUGUGGUACAGCAAGGGCACGGACAAACAAACAUGGCCAAAACAGUUUCUACCAAAGCCAAAAACCAGAAGGAGGAUACCAAGGACCAGAAAGGAGGAGAAUCGCCGACUUAUACGACAUGGCGCGAAAAGUACAACUUCCUAAAGGAAAACAUCACCGUGGAGCCCAUGUUGGCCUGUUACAUUAUACCGAGUGUAUUCGCUAGUCUUGCUACACAGAAUCUAAAUUUGGAAAAGGCUUGCAGAGUAAACUUGGGAUAUCCUGAUUCGGUGUGCGACGCGCUUAGUGCCAGACAAACGGCCAACUACACCAACGAAGAAAAGGAAGUGCAGCAAUUGGUAGCAUCGAUGGGUGUCUGGAAAACCAUACUCCAAAGCGGAUUGCCGGCGUUCGUAAUCAUGUUCAUAGGUUCUUGGAGCGAUAGGUGGGGCAAGAGAAAACCGUGCAUGCUAUUCCCAAUCUUCGGCGAACUGAUGACCGUUUUAGGUCUGAUGGUGUGCACCUACUUCUAUUACGAACUUCCCAUGGAGGUUGCUGGUUUUAUCGAGGGACUAUUUCCAGCAAUGACAGGUGGUUGGUUCACAAUGUUCAUGGGAGUGUUUAGUUAUAUUGCUGACGUUACGACAGUCGACAACAGGACGCUAAGGAUCGGUAUAGUGAAUGUGUUUUGUUCGUUGGGAAUACCUAUUGGAUUGGCGCUUAGCGGUAUCCUGUACAAAAAAAUCGGGUUCUACGGGGUGUUUUCGAUAUCGGCUUGCAUGUACAUCGUCGCUUUGUAUUACGGGUUUACGAAAGUGAAGGAACAUAAGCGCGUCGAUACCCCCAGCGUGGGUAGUUCGCCUUGCGCAUUUCUCGCAGACUUUUUCGACGUGCGCCACAUCUUGGAAACGUUCAAGGUAGCCUUUAAAGAAGGCCCCAAUAAUCGAAAGGUCAAGGUCAUGUUGCUGAUGUUGGUGGUAAUGGUCGUCAUUGGUCCAAUGCAUGGCGAAAUGAACGUGUCGUAUCUUUUUACGAGGUAUCGUUUCAACUGGGACGAAGUAGACUACAGCAUAUUCUCGACCUACAGCAUGAUUACUAAUUUAAUAGGGACGUCCGUAUCCGUGGGCAUAUUCAGCCACGUAUUGAAAAUCGACGAUGCUAUUAUCGGCAUAUACUCUUCCAUGAGCAAAAUUUUGUCAAGUUUUGUAUAUGGCUUCGCUAAGACGUCCAUGGUUUUUUAUUUAGGUGCGAUUGUGGAGAUCCUAAAUGGUACCUCUUUCAUUGCAAUGAGAUCAAUUGCUUCAAAAUUGGUUCCUUCAGAUGAAUUAGGAAAACUGAAUUCAUUAUUUGGGGCUUGUGAAGCAUUGAUGCCACUACUGUACGGACCGAUGUACAGUGCCACUUAUUCAGCAACAAUUAAAUCCAUGCCAGGAGCGUUUUUCAUUCUGGGAGGAAUAUUGACAAUUCCCGCUGUUAUUAUAUUUGGGUGGUUCUACAUUCAGCACAAAAAAGACGCAAGGCUUGCGUCAACCAGCAAAGACGCAGAAGUUGGAGUCCAAUUAAAUGAGCACGUCAUACCGGAAUCGGCGAUACUUACCGUAGCUCCCAAAGAAGCUCAGAUCGGUAGCCCAAUUUUGAACGGGGUCAGAAAAUCUCCUGGGGCGCAACCGGAAACGACGGGCGGUGUGGAAAAUCUGGCUUUUGAAAACGAAAAGUGACUCGUUUUCCCCAAAAUGUGAUUUGUAAUUUUAUUGUGAUAACAAGAGUUUUUUAUAUUUAUGUUGAAGAUUGCGAUGAAUUGCACGAACUUAUUUUGUUUUGAACACUUGCAGAAAAACAAAAUAAAAGGUUUCGAUUUA